AAGCUUUAUUGUCAGCUGUUUGCGCACCUCAGAUAAAGCCGAGACUUUUAGAUUUGUAUAUAUGUACAUAGAUAAUUUUUAACAAAUUUCAAUUCAAGAAACACGCAAGUUCAAGAAAAUACAAAGGAUAUAAAAGAAAAUUGAAAUAAGUGACAAUAGCGAUAAAUUUGCAAAUAUUAUUUAUUUUUUGCUUUAUACUAAUUAAUGCUAUUGUUGCACAUGAAUAUAUAUCAAAGUUCCUCAUCAGUUUUGUGUACUUAACUUAAUAUACAUAAAUAUGAGUAUUACUCCUAAUGCUAACUCUCUUGCAAUACUUGAUUAUGAUAAUGACGACGAAGAAGUUAUUAACUGGGAGGAGGAAGCAGCUGCAAUUAUAAAAGACGUUAAUCCACAUGUUGCGUUAAUAGAAAUAUCCCGAGAAAUACCUAGCAAUGUGAGUAAAGUGUACCUGAAUGUGCGCACUAUCGAGGGGCGAGACUACUGCGUUCAAGUAUCGAGUAUUGGUUUUCGCGUGGUAGCUAAUGAAUUUAAUUCAAUUGACGACGGUAAGGAAGAAACAAAUGAAGAAGAGGAAGUGGUUUAUGAGACACCAUAUGCACUAUUAGACAAAAUCAGUCCAAGUUAUGUGGAAUCAUUUGGUAAUCAGCUUUGCAAACAACUAUUAUCGGUACAACAAAUGCGUACACAGUUCAAUGAAGAAGAUGAGGAGGGUGUAGAGGACGAAGAUACUACCGACAACACAAAGACUUCAUAGGUGGUGUAGAAUAUUAUUUUUACACAUAAUACAUUGAACAAAAGCCAAAAGUGAUCAUUCAACAAAAAGCCCGAAAGCUAAAUAAUGCAAAUUAGUAGUUAAGUCUUUUUAAUUUAAUAUUUAAUUUAUGAAUUUCGUGAGGGUAUGUUUUACUAUAAUAAUAACGUCCGCAUUGCUUUUAAGUAGUAAUUAUAAGCGCUUCUUUCAAACACUAAUGUUAAUUAAAUGAUGUUCCAUAUACACAUAAUUAUCUUUUGCUUAAAAUUUUAAACGUUUCAAGAAUAAAGAUUGUGACUGUAA